AAGUGCAAUUAAUUGAAAAGAGUCCCUGUCCUUAAUAUUCUCUUUUGAAUUGGAACUUGGAAGUAGCAGCCACACUCAAAAACACAGACAGAGACACAAAACACAAUCUAGUGCACACUCAGCUGAAUGGCUUCUCACCACCACUACAACCACCACCAUCACAGCCACCACCAACCACCACCACCACCACCUCCUCCUCCUCCAACUCAUUGCUGCUGCACCCCUUCCUACACUUGCUGCACCCCCCAACAACACGACCACCUCGUACACAUCAUUUCCUCACUCAUCCUGUCUCAACAACACGACCACCUCGUACACAACAACAACAACAACCUUAAUCCUACUCAAUUCCACCACCACCCCAAAUCACAAACCCUUUAUCAUCACAAUCAAAAUCAAAAUCACAAUCUCAAACACCAAUCUAUAACAAUCUCUUCUCUCCUUAACCGCAUUGAAUCACUUGAAUCUUCUCUCAAUCAUCAAUCUUAUUCACUCCGUCACUCUGCUGCACGUGUCAUCCAAACCCAUUUUCGUUCUUUCCUUGUUCGUAGAUCAAGAACCCUAAGAAACCUUAAACAACUUGCAUCUAUUAAAUCCUCUUUCAUUUCGAUCAGAUCCUCUUUUUCAACACAUACCCAUUUCGAUUUUCCAGCUCUUUCUCUCAAAGCUGUAAACUUGCUCAUUCAACUUGAUUCCAUUCAGGAUCGUGAUACAACGAUUGUGGAUGGGAAAAGGUUGAUUAGUAGAGAUCUGGUUCAGUUUUUGGACUCGAUUGAAGAGGUUGCUGCGAAAAAGCGUAUACAUUAUGUUAAAGCAGUGAAGAGUUCUAGGACUGGCCAGAAAGUUCAGAGACCAAGAAAUUCAGAUGGUGAUGAUGCUGAGAAGAAGAAGCUUUUGAAGAAUUUGAGGGGGAGGGUUGAGAAGAUUAGCAAAUUGUGUGAGGCUUAUGGAGAUGAUGAGGAAGGUUUAGAGGCUGAGGAUGGCGUUCAUAAUCAUGGUGAUGAUUAUGACGAUGAUGAUGGAGUUACCGAUGUUUUGAUUGGUAGAAGGGAUAGGAACAAAAAUGGGGUCUUUGUUAAAAGGCAAGAGAUUCAACCUAGAGUGAAGAAAAGUGUGAGAUUUGCCGAGAAUGGUAAUGUUUGUGAGGUUUAUAGCACAAGAACUUGUGAAUCAGAUGGAAGUUCAUCGAAUGACGACCGAGGCGAGGUUCUGGAGAAUAGAAAGUUUGUAGUUGUAGAUGUCGUGGAUUCGUCUCAAGGUGUUGAUGAUGACGAGGAAGCGCUGGUGGAGGACAGUGGAGGGUCGACACGUAGUAGAGACGACGGAGAUAUAGUUAAAGAGCAGCACCAAGAGAAACUUCUGUUCUCUGCUCCAUUGCCACUUAAGAUGGAAAACAGAACUGAUUUGAAGAGUAAAGGUGUGAAAAUUUUGUCGUGAGAAGUUAACAUUAUGUCAUUAUCAUGAGUUAGGUUUUGUUUACAUUUGAUUUGUAAUGUUUGAUUGUAUUCUAUGAGAAUUUCAUUUCGACUUUAGAUUGUUUGGUAAUUGGUAGAUCAUCUGUGUGUCUAAUUGAUCUUUGGUUUCUAUAAA